UCAGACGAGUGCGCGAGAGUUGUUCGAGGUUAUGGCGACUGGGAGUUAGCUUCAUCAUCCACUUAUUUAGUGAAUAACAUUCGAAGUAAAUAAAAAAUGACGUUCAUACCCAAAAUGAUAAACUGUCUAGUUGACGAAGAAGAUGAAGACAUUUACUUUGAGGAGAAUGAAGAACAUGAAAAACUCACAGAAAGAUUGAGAAAAACUCUUUAUUUUGGAAAACUCCCUGGUACUGACAGACCUUCACUGCCUUUAACAGAAAUUGCAGUCAAUUUCUUCCAAGAUGCUGCUCCACGAGGACUUGGCCGGAUUGAUAUGGAGAGUGCAGCUGCUGUUUCAAGGCAUGCCUGUAUGUCUCCCAGUGGCAUGAUGACAGGAAUGUUAUAUGUUGAACGUCUCAAGCACAAGAACCCCCAGUAUCUGCAGAAAAUUUCUUCCUCCGACCUGUUUCUGAUAUCUGUGUUGAUGGCCUCCAAAUUCAUGUAUGAUGAAGGAGUGGAUGAUGAAGUUCUUAAUGAUGAAUGGGCAGCUUCUGCCAACCUGGAACUGGAGGAUCUUAAUGAACUGGAAAGAGAUUUCCUAGCAGCAUUGGACUGGCAUUUGUUUGUGAAACCAGAGGAGUUUCAAGCAGUAGUGGCUUCAUUAGAACAGAGAAUUGCCUUAAGCCAGGGUAUAGAUCGUGGCUGGUUUUCUUACACAGAUCUUCUGGUACUUCUUGAAAACAAGAAAUGGAUGCAGAACAUCAAGCAAGUUAUUAAUGAAGUGUCUAAGGUCAUUGCAGUGUGCUCAAUCGCUUAUGUUCUGAGUGUUGCAACCGUGGCUGCUUCCACUGUCUUGGUGCUGCAUUUGAGGACUACAACACCACCAAUGAAACCAGCAUUGCCCCAAAACCACACUGCCUUCCAGACACCAGCAUCUCAGCUUUCUGGUCCCAGUCACAGUUUUCAACCAGAGGUUCCUCAAGUGAAGUUCACACACGUGUCCACCUUGGUUGAAAUACUGAUCAGAUUCUUUGGUGCAGCCUACAGUCAGUUGCACUCUCAGAGAGCACAGUCUUUGAUAAAUGAUUCUAAAAUCCCAGGUGGAGCUAAUUUUGGUGUUUGGGUUAGGGAACAAGUGACCGGUGACAACACGGAACAUGGACUUUUGAAAAAUGGUAACUGCAAGUGUAGGUGUCAGUCCCACAAACAAUGGAAGAAACAUUAUGUUGGAAGAUCACAAGGAUCUGACUGCUAUCAGAGUCAGUUAAUUGAAGCACUACCGUCCUCUCCAAGUUUGUUGACUUCUUCAUCAGAAAUGUGCUGUUGUGGCUCAUUGGCCUUUCUUGCAAUACCGAAGACAGAUGCUAUUUUUGGACACACAACAAGUACACAACCAGUUUUAGUGUUUGGUUGAGAACAAUCAUGCUCAAUUAAAUUUAGGUUUCCUAAUGGAUGCUGGAAGAAACUGCAACCUAAAGUGUUUGGUUUUUAAACUUUAUUUUUUAAAAUCAGUGACUACUGUGUCAACCAGUUAAAGAUCAAAAAAGUAAUUAUUUUUAAAUUGUAGAUCAAAAGCUGUACUUUUUUAGAUGAAGUUUGGAUUUUCAUACAAGCCAUGAUCAUUCUAAAUUUGCUGGUCAAAUAAAUGUUGAAUUUCAGCAUUUU